UAUCUCUUCUGUGCUUCAAAUAUCUAACACUUUUUUUUUGCACACUCACACUCAAAUCACUUUUCAAUCGAGUUGCCGGAGUUCUCACCGCACCGCCGCAGAACAUGUCGAAAACCACCGCAUACGGCGGCGACUCUCCCUCGGAAAACUUUGAGACGCCGACGCUAGACAGGGAGUCUCCCACUCUGCUUCAGUCCAUUUCAGAGCACGGUGGAUAUGCGUACGUGAGAAUGGCGGCAGUGGCAGCCUCCGGAGACAUUCGCGCAGCGGAGGCGGUUAGGGAGAUGGCGUGGGAGCAGCUUCACUCUGGACCGUGGCACUCGGUGUUGCCGGUGUGGCGCGACGCUUACUCGAUGGCGUGUCUCCACGUGGCGAAGCACCACUACGGAAACGGUGAGUUGAAGGAAGCGCUUAGGGCUUUGGAUAUGGGGAUUAUUAUGGGAGGGAGUCUACUUAGGAAGGAUUUGGACUCUGCUGUUGAUAUGGUUUCGGAAAAGGCUAGGAUGCUUAGGGUUUCUGAUGGAAACAAUCAAAGUUUUGGUAAUUCUGAGCAUCAACUCGUUGAUCGUGAAUUCGAUGUGUCUAAGGUGCUCAAACUUUUACCUGUUAAGUCCCUUGCUUCUAAGCUUGUGGUGAAGAGGUCCGCCCUGUCACUGGAGAAGUUCCUGAAAGAUCAUUACCUGGCUGGCUCCCCAGUUAUCAUCAGUGAUUGUAUGGCGCACUGGCCAGCCAAAAAAAACUGGAAUAAUAUAGAUUACUUGCUAAGAGUUGCUGGUGACCGCACUGUUCCGGUUGAGGUUGGGAAAAACUAUUUAUGUGCAGAUUGGAAGCAAGAGCUAGUUACGUUUUCAGAGUUCCUUGAGCGGAUAAGGUCGCAUGGCUGUUCUCCUGGUGGUCCUACAUAUCUUGCUCAGCAUCCAUUAUUUGACCAGAUAAAUGAGCUUCGGAAAGAUAUCUUUAUUCCCGACUAUUGUUUUGCUGGUGGAGGGGAGCUAAGAUCUCUCAAUGCUUGGUUUGGUCCAGCUGGAACAGUAACACCAUUACACCAUGAUCCACAUCAUAACAUACUAGCACAGGUUGUCGGGAAAAAGUACAUUCGGCUUUAUCCAGCAUCUAUGUCUGACGAACUUUUUCCCUACUCGGGCACCAUGCUUAGCAAUUCCAGCCAGGUUGAUUUAGAUGACAUAGAUGAAAGCAAGUUUGCUGAGGUGCAAGACUUGGAAUUUGUAGACUGUAUUUUAGAGGAAGGUGAAAUGUUAUAUAUCCCGCCAAAAUGGUGGCACUACGUGCGGUCUUUAACUACCAGUUUAUCAGUUAGCUUUUGGUGGAGUGAGGGUGAAAGUUCAUCUCCGUCCUAAUGUCAUGUCACUUUGCUGGCUACAUUUCCCUUUUAAUGGAGAAGACAAUUUAUGUGACUAAUCAUUUCACAUCCCAAUUACAGUAGUAUCUCAUGCAUGAACAUCAUUUUCAGCACCUGCUUCCACCGUGAUAAAAAAUAUAUAUAUAUGAAAGGAAAUAUGUAAUAGAUAUUUGACUGGGACUCAUGCCCUUCAAUUCAAUUAUUACUGAUUAUAAAGGCUGUGAAUCCGCAGUCCCUAAGAAUGAAUCUAUCUAAUACUCUGUCCAUUUGUUGAAAAACAGUAAAUCUUGCUAAAAUAUUAAGCUUUGGCUUGACAGACGUUUCAUCUGACUAA